GUACAAAAUAAAGAGGGGAGGACGCUCGCUGCUGAACAUGCAAACUAAGUGGUUGUUUAUUGCAGUGCUUGGUGUGGUGUGGGGGAGCGUGGUCGGUGUGGCGUGUACCGCCAGCCUGGACACAGCUGACCAAUCAACUAACACUACACAUGUCAAGAGACUUCACCUUCUAUUCAUGAACCAUCUUGAUGUUGGUUACAACGGUAUUUUCCCCACACUGGGUUUUGUCAACAAUGUCAUCAACCGGUACUUCACAGUAUAUUUUCCCCGAGCAGUCAAUGUAUCACGGCAACUACGUUCAGAGGGAUAUUUGGAGAGACUAGUGUACACCACCCACCCCUGGCUGGUCAGUCUCUAUCUGGACUGUCCCCCCAACUUGAACCUGUCGGGAAUUGUACUGCAGUGCCCAGGUGAAGACGCUGUGUCAGAUUUUGUGGCUGCUGCUCAGCUGGGGGACAUCAGCUGGCAUGCUGGACCGAUGAACAUGCAGUUUGAGAUGCUGGACACUGCUAUGGUGGAGUUUGGGCUUCAGCUAGGACAGGACCUGGAUAAACGUCUAGGCAUUGUCAGGAAGUUCCCCACAGUCAGUCAGAGGGAUGUACCGGGUAUGACUCAAGCCUUGCUGCCUCUGCUCGUUCAGCAUGGUAUAGCUGCUGUAUCGGUGGGGGUCAACCCCAUGUCAGCUCCCCCGGCUGUCCCCAAGAUCUUCCGAUGGGAGUUCCAGGGCGCAAGUGUCAUUGGAAUGUGGAACCCUUUCGGAUACCCACAGAACCCAGGUCCAAACCCCGCCAACCCCGGUGGGCUGUCGGCUGAUAACUGUGUCAUAUUCCCCGGGCUGGCGGACGCCAUGUGCUUUGCUUUCCGCACUGACAACUCGGGACCACCGGAAACUGUGAAGGAAGUGUUAUCCAACUUUGAGAUUUCGAGGGCAAUCUUCCCAAAUGCAGAAGUCCAGGGUUCUACUUUUGAGGCAUUUGUGGAGGCCGCACAGAGUGUCAAGGCCCAACUUCCUGUGGUUACCAAGGAGAUCGGAGACACCUGGAUACAGGGAGCUGGGUCUGAUCCACGGAAAGUAGCGGAAAUGAGAGCUUUCCUCCGUGCGCGUACAAAAUGUCUGGCAGGGAAAGUGUGUUCGCUGUCUGACCCCGCCUUCUACAACUCCAGCAGGUUCCUCCUCAAGAUGGGGGAACACACGUGUGGACUUAGUAGUGUCUUUGACCAGUUCAACUGGACAAAUGUCCGAUUUAUUAAUGCCAUGAAGCUCAAAGACCAGCAUUUCCUGGACGGCAUCUCGUCAUGGGUGGAGCAGCGACAGUUUGCGUACACGGCGCUGGACGCCCUCGAUGUGAACCCUCUCAUGGCUGAGGUGAAGUCGGAAUGGGACAUGUUGAAGGCCAGCAAGCCCAAUCUGGCAGGCUACAGCAAGCUGUCUGACCCUACAUCUAUACAGAGUUGUGAGAACGGCUACAAGUUUGGGUUCAGGGCUGAUGGGGCGCUCAGCACACUGUCUGACCCAUAUACCAAGUUGAACUGGGCCAGCAAGACAAACCCACUGGGGCAGCUGGUGUAUCAGACAUACAACCAGACAGACUUUGACAAUUUCUUCGCGACGUACCAGCCCGGUGUCUCAUGGCUGGGCAUUGGAAAGCCCAACAUGACCAACAACUCAGACGCAGAGAGCCGGGUGUGGCCGACCCAGCUGAUAGAUGUCUACAGGAUUGCAGGAAGUGCUUGUUCUUUCCAUGCCCAUAUUCGGAUGUCUGGCGGGAAGGCUGUCGAGUAUUAUGGAGCCCCGUCAGAAGUGUGGGUGUCCUAUGUGACAGAGGAUUUUGCGCUACCUCCAGGUUUGCACAUCGAUGUUCAGUGGUUUGACAAGACUCCAACCCGACUGCCAGAAGCGCUGUUCUUCACGUUCCAGCCGCUGAAACAAGAGGCCUACAGCUGGCAGCUGCAUAAACUGGGUCACAUCAUAGACCCACUCAAUGUCGUGCUCAACGGCAGUCAGAGACAGCAUGCUAUAGACAAGGGUGUAUUUUACCGUAGCGCCACCAACCAGGGCAUGGAAAUUGUCUCCCCUGAUGCUCCCAUAGUGACUGUGUUGACCGAUGCUGACCCCAUCUCAGCAAUACCUCUACCACUGACCCCAAUCAAGGACAUCAACGGCAUGGCAUUCCAACUCUUCAACAAUAUUUGGGAUGUCAACUUUAUAUUCUGGUACCCAUACACCAAGGAGGACAUGAAGACAGGGAGCAAGUUCCGAUUUGCUCUCAAUUUCUUGGAUGGAAAUUGAUGUUAAUAAUGACUUAGAUUUACUAUUUUAUCUAACAAACAGUUUGAUUGCAUAUUGUCAGACAUUUUAUGAGAAUGUUUACACUGUAUGGAAAAUUUUGAUUUUAUAAAACAUUUUUUUCUUAUUUUUUUAGAAUGUUUAUGAGCUUGAUAUUCUCGAGCAAGAUGUUUUCAUAAUAUGUAAGCAUGUACAGACACAGGUGGAAGUUUACUGAAGUACUUAAACAGAUGCACGCUAUUUACACUGUGUCAGAAUGGUUUUCUACCUAAUCUGGAAGUAUUUCUGGAAGCAUUUUAAUAGCUUCCACAUACUAUGUCAAGUCCACAGAAACCGGUACAUCUAGUCUCACGUUGGCUGUAAAAUAAUGAGAUUCUUUGUAAGGUACCUAGCUUCCUCUAGUCAUACACUGGCUGGGAGAUCCAGGCAGGCAGUUUGUAAAGUGAACAUUUGAGUGGCUGUAGUGUUGGAACUUGGUGCUGGCCAUUAUGCCCACUACACUGAAAGGUGAAAGUGACAAACAGAUGAAGCUCCUAGAUUACCAAGUUCAAAUGUGGGGUGAUAAUAAGGAAUAUCCAAAUAUAAGAAUGAAAACACUAAUGAUACUUCAGCCCAUUUAAUAACCCACAACUAUGUACAAUGUUUACAAACUACCUUCUAUAGCAUCCAUGACGUGCUGGCUGCACAAUGUAAUGCAAUGCAAUACUAACAAUGAUUGCAAAUCAUCAGCUGUUUGUUUGGUACACUGUUACACCCUGAAACCCUGCUGGUGUGUUCUGUCCACGAAAGCCUCCUGAUCAGGGGGACUCCAUAUAUGGGGGGACUCCUAUGUGGGAACCUCCUCUGAGGUCUAGUGGUAGAGUGGAAGGGCCGGGGUUUGAUCCCCAGCCGCCACAUAGGAAAUGAUGUUAAAAGGUACUUGUUGCCAUGCCUGGCACUCUCUCUCUCUCUCUCUCUCUCUCUCUC